AUGUAUAUUUUUAACCAGUCAACUCGCUAUGUUACUGGUGUGGUCUACAUCGGUUACCUGUCCUGCUCUCAUCACUUGUCGAUAGCACUACAAAACUUCUUGGAGUUCCAAAAAAUUUUAUUUUUCAAAAGGUUUCGUGAAAAAUGGACAGAAAUGAAUCACACACCAGAAGCCAGAUCAACCCCUUUGAUAAUUGUUUCAGAUGCAAUUAAAGCAUUCAUCAAAUGUCAACUUGAGGUCAGACAUUCACAAGAUGACUAUUUAGAGUUUCUACUUCUUGCUGCACAAAUAGUUGGGCUGCAGUUCUUGGUUCGACUGAAUUGUCCAGAAUUGGGAACUCUUGCUCUUUUUUCAUCUCUUCUGUCUGACAAAGAAAAGAUUGAUCUUGUCCGCACAAUACAAGCAGAUCGAGGCCCACAUCUGAUGAAAACACUACCACAAAGUUUUGACAAUUUGCGUGCAUCUAAAACAUUUUUUGAAACAUCUAAUAUUGAUGUUUUCUUGAUGUACCUGUUGAAAACUGACGCAGAGCAGAAACAAUUUUUGCUUCAAGUAGUUGAACAGCAUAGGAAAAACUUUGCAGAAUAUAAUCGUGAACUGCUAGCUAAAAUUUGA